GUUCAAUCUCUGGCAUUGUCAAUAAAUACAAUUAGUCCUCCGAUUUUAUUCUUUCAAUUUUGUUCCUUAGCAAAUCUAGCAAAGCACAAAUCAGAAAUGAGCCAACUUCCCAUAUAUAUCAGUGGACUAGAUUUGGCAAACUUAGUGGUGAACUCCGAUUUGCUCCAGAUUUCAUGUGGUGCUAUAAAGGACCUUCAAACAGAAUCCAGUUCAGAUCAACAAGAUUCUUGCAGUCUCUCCCUAAGAUACAAGCUUCACAAGAAAUCAAAGUAUACCCACAUAGCCUUCACCACUUCUACUUUAUCUAGGAAAGAACUUCUUCAACAGGGUGGAGAUUUGGUUUCAUCAACGACUCUCAAGGAGCUUGAGUUUCCCAUCUUUGACUUCUUAUGCUCUGAAACCAACCGGUCGUUUUCCAUUCAUAGAGCUGCAAUCACCCUUUUUAAGGCCCAUUUUAAGGAGCUAUCCCAGCUCAAAACUCAGAUCCAAGAUUCAAAGACUGGAGAAUUACUGAGCACUCCAUUAAUUGUCACUGGACACUCAAUUGGAGGAUCAGUUGCUUCUCUAUUUACUUUAUGGCUUUUGGACAACAUCAAACAGCCAUUGCAAAAGAAUCAGCCACCUCCGAAGCUCCCCCUCUGCGUCACUUUUGGCUCGCCAUUUAUUGGAAAUCAAGGCCUCCAACAAGCAAUAUUAGAAUUUUCAAAUUGGAAUUCUUGCUUUCUACAUGUCGUCGGCAACAAGGACCCAUUUCCAAAAACUUCAAUUGCCCACAACGAUACUACACAAUCUGUUUCAGAGGAUUACAAGGCUUUCGGUACGUUUAUCUUGUGUUCUGAAAAGGGAUGUGCCUGUGUCGAUGACCUUGAGGUUGUUUCAAGGUUAUUGGAAAGCACAAGAAGGCAAGCUUCUUGUGAAUCACAGGAGAUAGAUUAUUAUGCUGAGAUAGUGAAUGAUCUGAAAUCUAAAGUUAUUAUCAGGGGGAAUUCCCAGCUUGAUCUAUCAUUCGUGCAACCACUUAUUAAGGCAGGAAUUAUCUUACAACUGGAGGCAAUUGGAGUUGAAAUGACCACCCAGCAACAGCAGAAAAAAGAGGACAACAAUAAUCUUAUCUCCAUGUUAGAAGAACGAGAAAAAGUUCUGAUGGCAGAACGAGCGAAGAUUAGGGACUCGAAAAAAAACUUGAACCAGAUAAAGAUAAAAAUGGCCCAACUAGAAUGGUAUAAGAAGUUUUCCAAGAAUAAGGAGAUAGGCUACUAUGAUUGUUACAAGAACCAACUCUGGAGGAGGGAUAGGGAUGUUACCAGGCUCAAGAAGUUUCUCACUAAUUACUGGAAAAAUUUGGUGGAGAGCGCGCAGCGAAAGCCUCAGAAAGAAGGCGCAUUCAUCGGGGCGGCAUGGCUUUAUGCUGGAAGAAAUUAUAGAAGAAUGGUUGAACCGCUAGAUAUUGCUGAAUAUUAUAGAGAGAAUGGUAACAGAGACUAUCAAACUCAUGGAAGAUCUAGACAUUACAUUUUGCUAGAGCAAUGGCAGGAGGAGGAUGAUGCGAAGAAACUCACAAGCUCACCAAAUAACAAGAAGAAAGAAGAUGUGGCUGGUAUUCUAACAGAGGAUUCUUGCUUCUGGGCAAAAGUGGAGGAUGCUCUGAUUUCAUGCAAGUUGUUGGAGGCUGAAACCUCAUGCCCUGUGGAGAAACAAUCGGCAAAAGAGAAUCUAGAUAUGUUCGAGCAAUAUGCAAUGGAACAAAUCAAUAACUAUGCCGUAUCUCCAGAAAUUUUCUUGAAACAAAGCAGUUUCGUGAAAUGGUGGAAACUUUUUCAGGGAAUUAUAGAAACAUCCCACGAUUCUCCGCUCAGUGACUUCAUGAAGAACGAAAGAUAUCUUCAAUAUGAAAAGCGAUCCGCCUCCUUCCGUUAACCGCGCAAGCAAUUUUAUUUCUUCAUGGUUUUCCCUUUUAAGAAACUUUAUGAGAUCUUACAGUCUCUAUGCAAUUUCAGAGAGACUGAUAAGAGAAAAAUAAGAAAUUUGUGGAAUUUUGGAAAGAAUAGCGAGAGAAAAUAUGUAUUGCAUGCUCAUUUACAUGUUUUGCAAAUUUAGGUGCCAGUAAAAAGUUUUUAAAGAAUAAUUUCCAAAAUAAAAUAUUGGUAAAUCUAAAGGGUCUAAAUUCUAGUUCGUCUA